AUGUAUGGGCGUUACACACAGGAGCUCGGUGUGUACGCCAAGGAGGAGGCGGCUCGCCUGCGUGAUGGCGGGGGGCUGCGGAGAUCCACCAGCGUUCGCAACAGGUCGGCAGAGCUGCUGGAGUAUGAGAAAGACCCCUGCGCCAAGUGUCAUGGUGAGUGACCGACUGACCUCAACAUGACCACUCAUAUUUACUAACCUGUCUAAUGAGCUCGACAUGACCACUCAUAUUUACUGACGUGUAAUGACCUCAAUAUGACCACUCAUAUUUACUGACGUGUAACGACCUCAAUAUGACCACUCAUAUUUACUGACGUGUAAUGACCUCAAUAUAACCACUCAUAUUUACUGACGUGUAAUGAUCUCAAUAUGACUACUCAUAUUUACUGACGUGUAAUGACCUCAAUAUGACCACUCAUAUUUACUGACCUGUGUAACGACCUCAAUAUGACCACUCAUAUUUACUGACGUGUAAUGACCUCAAUAUGACCACUCAUAUUUACUGACGUGUAAUGACCUCAAUAUGACCACUCAUAUUUACUGACGUGUGUAAUGACCUCAAUAUGACCACUCAUAUUUACUGACCUGUGUAAUGACCUCAAUAUGACCACUCAUAUUUACUGACGUGUAAUGACCUCAAUAUGACUACUCAUAUUUACUGACCUGUGUAAUGAGUGAGUGAUCACAGUGAUCCAAUGACCUCUCCUAUGAGUGCACCACAACCGCUGAACUGACAGCGUCGACCUACGCUGAGUGUACAAAACAUUAAGGACACCGGCUCUUUCCAUGACAUAGACUGACCAGGUGAAUCCAGGUGAAAGCUAUGAUCCCUUAUUGAUGUCCACUUCAAUCAGUGUAGAUGAAGGGGAGGAGACAGGUUAAAUAAGGAUUUGUAUGCUUUGAGACAAUUGAGAAAUUGAUUGUUUAUGUGUGCCAUUCAUAGGGUGAAUGGGAAAGACACAAUAUUUAAGUGCCUUUGACUGGGGUAUGGUAGUAGGUGCCAGGCGCACCGGUUUGUGUCAAGAACUGCAACGCUGCUGGGUUUUUCACGCACAACAGUUUCCCAUGUGUAUCAAGAAUGGUCCACCACCCAAAGGACAUCCAGCCAACUUGACACAACUCUGGGAAGCAUUGGAGUCAAUAUCAGCCAGCAUCCCUGUGGAACUCUUUCGACACCUUGUAGAGUCCAUGCCCCGACGAAUUGAAGCUGUUCUGAGGGCAGAAGAGGCAGGUGCAACACAAUAUUAGGAAGGUGUCCUUAAUGUUUUGUACACUCAGUGUAUGUUGCACUUAACCACCACACUGACCAUAACCUGACCUGACCUAACCUGACCAUAACCUUACCCUGACCUAACCUGACCCAACCUGACCGCUCUACUGUAUUGAACACAGAACACAUUCUUAUAUUAGUAGUGCACCCUAUCAGCCUCUAGUGUGAUAGAUGGGUAAAGUUGGAGUUUAUGAAUAUGAUACAGUAUAAUCCUGUGCUGUGAUGUCGAGGGUGACAACACUGCGCCUCUGUCAAUGUCAGAACAGCCCCCUCUGCUGGUGAUUAAUGGUAAUUUAGUGCAGGACCGAGUUUGGGAAACCUUGACUUAGUUUGUGGAUGUGUUAUGGUGAUGGCUGCUGUUGUGCAUGUCAAUAGGUCCUCUGUCUCUAUGGGAGAUUCUUAAUUGGUUUGCUCAACUCCGCCAUCCUCUUCUCGCCUCCUUUUGAAAAAGGUCAAAGGUAACCGAGGACAGGAGGGGAGUAGAGGAAAUGUGGAAACAAAUGUGUUUGUAUGAAAUGAGACUGUCCUUCUUCACUCGCGCAUCAUUAUGCAAAUGACGUUUACAGGGGUGGAAUCCUAUUAAAUGUUUAAAGUAGUGAAAAUACAUUUAGCCAGUUGUGUAAGCCUUUUUAUAGAUUCAAGAAUAAGUGUCCCGUGUGGCUCAGUAGGUAGAGCAUGGCGCUUGCAAUACCAGGGUUGUGGGUUUGAUUCCCAUGGGGGACAAGUAUGAAAGUGUAUUCAGUUUCUCUGGAUAAGACUGUGUAAUAAGUAGCAUAUAGUUUUUAAAUACAUGCUUUUCUCCUCUGAGUUAACAACAGCUGAUUUGGGGGGGGGGUUAUUGAGGAGGCGAGGACACUUCUCCAGAGAGAGAGAGAGAGAGCCCAAGGAGGCUAAAAUAACAACGGGUGAAAGUUCACAGUGCGAUAUAUAUAAAACUAUAUCGCACUGUGAGCCCAGCCAUCCUCCCACCUACACCACAAUACCUCAUAGGAGUAGGAUGAGUGUGUGCCUUUGUUCUGUAUACGUGGGUGUGUGUAGGAGUGUUCUACUCCAAAUCCAGAGGGUUUUAGAGCCCAGCCUACACACUCUGUCAAAAGGCUGAGUGGCUCAUCGUGACGGUUAGCUUUAGAGAGUGAGAGCGGGUUAGCUUGGAGGGAGAACUCGCUAACAUGCUAGGCUAACGUGUAAUUCAGUGUGACUGACUCCUCUCACUCACCACCAUCGGCCAUCUACUGUGUAUUUAUUUUCCCAUUUGUACUUUAACUAUUUGCACAUUGCUACAACACUGUAUAUACAGUUGAAGUUGGAAAUUUACAUACACUUAGGUUGGAGUCAUUAAAACGUGUUUUUCAACCACUCCACACAUUUCUUGUUAACAAACUAUAGUUUUGGCAUGUCGGUUAGGACAUCUACAGUGGGGAAAAAAAGUAUUUAGUCAGCCACCAAUUGUGCAAGUUCUCCCACUUAAAAAGAUGAGAGAGGCCUGUAAUUUUCAUCAUAGGUACACGUCAACUAUGACAGACAAAAGAAAAUCCAGAAAAUCACAUUGUAGGAUUUUUUAUGAAUUUAUUUGCAAAUUAUGGUGGAAAAUAAGUAUUUGGUCAAUAUCAAAAGUUUCUCAAUACUUUGUUAUAUACCCUUUGUUGGCAAUGACACAGGUCAAACGUUUUCUGUAAGUCUUCACAAGGUUUUCACACACUGUUGCUGGUAUUUUGGCCCAUUCCUCCAUGCAGAUCUCCUCUAGAGCAGUGAUGUUUUGGGGCUGUCGCUGGGCAACACGGACUUUCAACUCCCUCCAAAGAUUUUCUAUGGGGUUGAGAUCUGGAGACUGGCUAGGCCACUCCAGGACCUUGAAAUGCUUCUUACGAAGCCACUCCUUCGUUGCCCGGGCGGUGUGUUUGGGAUCAUUGUCAUGCUGAAAGACCCAGCCACGUUUCAUCUUCAAUGCCCUUGCUGAUGGAAGGAGGUUUUAACUCAAAAUCUCACGAUACAUGGCCCCAUUCAUUCUUUCCUUUACACGGAUCAGUCGUCCUGGUCCCUUUGCAGAAAAACAGCCCCAAAGCAUGAUGUUUCCACCCCCAUGCUUCACAGUAGGUAUGGUGUUCUUUGGAUGCAACUCAGCAUUCUUUGUCCUCCAAACACGACGAGUUGAGUUUUUACCAAAAAGUUCUAUUUUGGUUUCAUCUGACCAUAUGACAUUCUCCCAAUCCUCUUCUGGAUCAUCCAAAUGCACUCUAGCAAACUUUAGACGGGCCUGGACAUGUACUGGCUUAAGCAGGGGGACACGUCUUGCACUGCAGGAUUUGAGUCCCUGGCAGCGUAGUGUGUUACUGAUGGUAGGCUUUGUUACUUUGGUCCCAGCUCUCUGCAGGUCAUUCACUAGGUCCCCCCGUGUGGUUCUGGGAUUUUUGCUCACCGUUCUUGUGAUCAUUUUGACCCCACGGGGUGAGAUCUUGCGUGGAGCCCCAGAUCGAGGGAGAUUAUCAGUGGUCUUGUAUGACUUCCAUUUCCUAAUAAUUGCUCCCACAGUUGAUUUCUUCAAACCAAGCUGCUUACCUAUUGCAGAUUCAGUCUUCCCAGCCUGGUGCAGGUCUACAAUUUUGUUUCUGGUGUCCUUUGACAGCUCUUUGGUCUUGGCCAUAGUGGAGUUUGGAGUGUGACUGUUUGAGGUUGUGGACAGGUGUCUUUUAUACUGAUAACAAGUUCAAACAGGUGCUAUUAAUACAGAUAAUGAGUGGAGGACAGAGGAGCCUAUUAAAGAAGAAGUUACAGGUCUGUGAGAGCCAGAAAUCUUGCUUGUUUGUAGGUGACCAAAUACUUAUUUUCCACCAUAAUUUGCAAAUCAAUUCAUAAAAAAUCCUACAAUGUGAUUUUCUGGAUUUUUUUUCUUCUCAAUUUGUCUGUCAUAGUUGACGUGUACCUAUGAUGAAAAUUACAGGCCUCUCUCAUCUUUUUAAGUGGGAGAACUUGCACAAUUGGUGGCUGACUAAAUACUUUUUUCCCCCACUGUACUUUGUGCAUGACACAAGUAAUUUUUCAAACAAUUAUUUACAGACAGAUGAAUUCACUUAUAAUUCACUGUAUCACUAUUCCAGUGGGUCCGGAGUUUACAUACACUAAGUUGACUGUGCCUUUAAACAGCUUGGAAAAUUCCAGAAAAUGAUGUAAUGGCUUUAGAAGCUUCUGAUAGGCUAAUUGACAUAAUUUGAGUCAAUUGGAGGUGUACUUGUGGAUGUAUUUCAAGGCCUACCUUCAAACUCAGUGCCUCUGCUUGACAUCAUGGGAAAAUCAAAAGAAAUCAGCCAAGACCUCAGAAAACAAUUGUUGACCUCCACAAGUCUGCUUCAUCCUUGGGAGCAAUUUCCAAACGCCUGAAGGUACCACGUUCAUCUGUACAAACAAUAGUACUCAAGUAUAAACACCAUGGGACCACGCAGCCGUCAUACCGCUCAGGAAGGAGAUGCGUUCUGUCUCCUAGAGAUGAACGUACUUUGGUGCGAAAAGUGCAAAUCAAUCCCAGAACAACAUCAAAGGACCUUGUGAAGAUGCUGGAGGAAACGGGUAUAAAAGUAUCUAUAUCCACAGUAAAACGAGUCCUAUAUCAACAUAACCUGAAAGGCCGCUCAGCAAGGAAGAAGCCACUUCUCCAAAACCGGCAUAAAAAAGCCAGACUACGGUUUGCAACUGCACAUGGAGACAAAGAUUGUACUUUUUGGAGAAAUGUCCUCUGGUUUGAUUAAACAAAAGUAGAACUGUUUUACCAUAAUGACCAUCAUUAUGUUUGGAGGAAAAUGGGGGCGCUUGCAAGCCGAAGAACAACAUCCCAACCAUGAAGUACAGGGGUGGUAGCAUCAUGCUGUGGGGUUGCUUUGCUGCAGGAGGGACUGGUGCACUUCACAAAAUAGAUGGCAUCAUGAGGUAGGAAAAUUAUGUGGAUAUAUUGAAGCGACAUCAGUCAGGAAGUUAAAGCUUGGUCGCAAAUGGGUCUUCCAAAUGGACAAUGACCCCAAGCAUACUUCCAAAGUUGUGGCAAAAUGGCUUAAGGACAACAAAGUCAAGGUUUUGGAGUGGCCAUCACAAAGCUCUGACCUCAAUCCUAUAGAACAUUUGUGGGCAGAACUAAAAAAGCGUGUGCGAGCAGGGAGGCCUACAAACCUGACUCAGUUACACCACCUCUGUCAGGAGGAAUGGGCCAAAAUUCACCCAACUUAUUGUGGGAAGCUUGUGGAAGGCUACCCUGAAUGUUUGACCCAAGUUAAACAAUUUAAAGGCAAUGCUACCAAGUACUAAUUGAGUGUAUGUAAACUUCUGACCCACUGGGAAUGUGAUGAAAGAAAUAAAAGCUGAAAUAAAUCAUUCUCUCUACUAUUAUUCUGGAAUUUCACAUUCUUAAAAUAAAGUGGUGAUCCUAACUGACCUAAGACAGGGCUUUUUUACUAGGAUUAAAUGUCAGGAAUUGUGAAAAACUGAGUUUAAAUGUAUUUGGCUAAGGUGUAUGUAAACUUCCGACUUCAACUGUAGUACAAUGAGCUUAAACUGAGUGUACAAAACAUUAAGAACACCUUCCUAAUAUUGAGUUGCACCAGUGGAGGCUGUUGAGGGAAGGACGGCUCAUAAUAAUGUCUGGAACAGAGCAAAUGGAAACCAUGUGUUUUCUGUAUUUGCUACCAUUCAACUAAUUCCGCUCCAGCCAUUACCACGAGCCUGUCCUCCCCAAUUAAGUUGCCACCAACCUACUGUGAGUUGUCUCAAGGCUUAAAAAUCCUUCUUUAACCUGUCUCCUCCCCUUCGUCUACACUGAUUGAAGUGGAUUUAACAAGUGACAUCAAUAAGGGAUCAUAGCUUUCACCUGGAUUCACCUGGUCAGUCUGUCAUGGAAAGCGAAAGUGUUCCUAAUGUUUUGUAUUCUCAGUGAAUGUGUAGGCUUACUGCUUUUUGUGUGAUGAUCUAUGUGCAUUUCAAAUUAACUUCCAUAGACUGUGUUUACUGUUUAUAUACAGUAUAUACCAGAAAAAACAUUUGUACAAACUGGAGUUGUGUGGUAAAGACUUGAACCCAGAUAACAGGUUGUGAUUUCCAAAACGUUUCCAGUAAGUUAGGGGAUAUCGCUCCUCCAAUCUCUAUUCAUCCUGUUCGAAGUGUUCUUCAAGACUUUAUUUGAGAUGAGGCAGUGCUUUGUCAUAAAAUAGGCUUUUCCCAUUUUGCGCACUGCUUGCUAGUGACUGUUCUGCUGAGGGACUUUACACUCACAUUUGUUUUGAUAUCUUUGGCCUACAUGUAAUUAUAUAAUUUACAGUAUGUUUGUACGAUUCAUAUUCCGAAAUACAGAAUGAGCAAUUCAUUACGCAGUGAUAAAAAUGUGUAUCUGGCAGACUGUCUGUGUUUUGGCUUUUGGGUUGAAAAGAAGACUGGAGACUGUCACGCUACUGUGGCUGCGGAUAUAAGGAGGGGCCAAGUUGCCCAUGGAAGCACUGGGCAGAGGGCCACCCACCACAUGCCAAACUAGUGUGUGUGUGUGUUCAUGUGUGCAUGCAUGUAUGUGUGUGCGUGUGUACAGUAUGCCUGUGUGUGUGACCAUCUGCGUGCGUGCUUGUGUGUGUGUAUGUGCGUGUGCAUUCCCAUGCGCAGGUGUGGGCGAGGUGCCAUUCAGCAGGUGGGUCAUCUGGCCUUGUCAUGCUGGCACGAACACAGUUGUGCUCCACUACUGCCCCCUGGGGGGACCUCAAUGUCCCUGUGUAACCUUUCCUCUCAACCCCAUCACUGUCUGUCUAUCAGCUGCUCUCUCCGUCUCUACGCCUGUCUGUCUCUCUUGCUCCACUCCACUGUCAACUGCAGUUUUGACUGUCUUGAUUUAUUGUUUCUUUCUCUCUUCUCUAUCUAUUUCCUUUCCCACCUCUCCCUCUAUCUUCCUAUCUGACAUGUCCAUCUCUCUCUCCCUCCCUACAUCAAUCUUUCUCUCUCUAUCUCACUCCAAGAUAAGAAAUGUUUGAAUUUCAAAUCAGGAGUAUGUCUAUCUAAGGAAAAAAUAACAUGUACACUACCGGUCAAAUGUUUUAGAACACCUACUCAUUCAAGGGUUUUUCUUUAUUUUUACUAUUUCCUACAUUGUAGAAUAAUAGUGAAGACAUCAAAACUAUGAAAUAACACAUAUGGAAUCAUGCAGUAACCAAAAAAGUGUUAAACAAAUCAAAAUACACUGCUCAAAAAAAUAAAGGGAACACUAAAAUAACACAUCCUAGAUCUGAAUGAAUGAAAUAAUCUUAUUAAAUACUUUUUUCUUUACAUAGUUGAAUGUGCUGACAACAAAAUCACACAAAAAUUAUCAAUGGAAAUCAAAUUUAUCAACCCAUGGAGGUCUGGAUUUGGAGUCACACUCAAAAUUAAAGUGGAAAACCACACUACAGGCUGAUCCAACUUUGAUGUAAUGUCCUUAAAACAAGUAGUCAAAAUGAGGCUCAGUAGUGUGUGUGGCCUCCACUUGCCUGUAUGACCUCCCUACAAUGUCUGGUCAUGCUCCUGAUGAGGUGGCGGAUGGUCUCCUGAGGGAUCUCCUCCCAGACCUGGACUAAAGCAUCCGCCAACUCCUGGACAGUCUGUGGUGCAACUUGGCGUUGGUGGAUGGAGCGAGACAUGAUGUCCCAGAUGUGCUCAAUUGGAUUCAGGUCUGGGGAACGGGCGGGCCAGUCCAUAGCAUCAAUGCCUUCCUCUUGCAGGAACUGCUGACACACUCCAGCCACAUGAGGUCUAGCAUUGUCUUGCAUUAGGAGGAACCCAGGGCCAACCGCACCAGCAUAUGGUCUCACAAGGGGUCUGAGGAUCUCAUCUCGGUACCUAAUGGCAGUCAGGCUACCUCUGGCGAGCACAUGGUGGGCUGUGCGGCCCCCCAAAGAAAUGCCACCCCACACCAUGACUGACCCACCGCCAAACCGGUCAUGCUGGAGGAUGUUGCAGGCAGCAGAACGUUCUCUACGGCGUCUCCAGACUCUGUCACGUCUGUCACAUGUGCUCAGUGUGAACCUGCUUUAAUCUGUGAAGAGCACAGGGCGCCAGUGGCGAAUUUGCCAAUCUUGGUGUUCUCUGGCAAAUGCCAAACGUCCUGCACGGUGUUGGGCUGUAAGCACAACCCCCACCUGUGGACGUCGAGCCCUCAUACCACCCUCAUGGAGUCUGUUUCUGACCGUUUGAGCAGACACAUGCACAUUUGUGGCCUGCUGGAGGUCAUUUUGCAGGGCUCUGGCAGUGCUCCUCCUGCUCCUCCUUGCACAAAGGAGGAGGUAGCGGUCCUGCUGCUGGGUUGUUGCCCUCCUACGGCCUCCUCCACGUCUCCUGAUGUACUGGCCUGUCUCCUGGUAGCGCCUCCAUGCUCUGGACACUACGCUGACAGACACAGCAAACCUUCUUGCCACAGCUCGCAUUGAUGUGCCAUCCUGGAUGAGCUGCACUACCUGAGCCACUUGUGUGGGUUGUAGACUCUGUCUCAUGCUACCAAUAGAGUGAAAGCACCGCCAGCAUUCAAAAGUGACCAAAACAUCAGCCAGGAAGCAUAGGAACUGAGAAGUGGUCUGUGGUCACCACCUGCAGAACCACUCCUUUAUUGGGGGUGUCUUGCUAAUUGCCUAUAAUUUCCACAUGUUGUCUAUUCCAUUUGCACAACAGCAUGUGACAUUUAUUGUCAAUCAGUGUUGCUUCCUAAGUGGACAGUUUGAUUUCACAGAAGUGUGAUUGACUUGGAGUUACAUUGUGUUGUUUAAGUGUUCCCUUAAUUUUUUUGAGCAGUGUAUAUUUUCAAAUAGCAACCCUUUGCCUUUGUGACAGCUUUGCACACUCUUGGCAUUCUCUCAACCAGCUUCACCUGGAAUGCUUUUCCAACAGUCUUGAAGGAGUUCCCACAUAUUCUGAGCACUUGUUGGCUGCUUUUCCUUCACUCUGGGAUGGCGUAUCACUGCAGAAUGCUGUGGUAGCCAUGCUGGUUAAGUGUGCCUUGAAUUCUAAAUAAAUCAUAGACAGUGUCACCAGCAAAGCACCCCCACACCAUAACACCUCCUCCUUCAUGCUUUACGAUGGGAAAUACACAUGCGGAAAUCAUCCUUUCAACCACACCACAUCUCACAAAGACACGGCGGUUGGAAACAAAAAUCUCAAAUUUGGACUCCAGACCAAGUCCAAUGUCCAUUGCUCGUGUUUCUUGGCCCAAGCAGGUCCCUUCUUAUUAUUGGUGUCCUUUAGAAGUGGUUUCUUUGCAGCAAUUCAACCAUGAAGGUUUGAUUCACGCAGUCUCCUCUGAACAGUUGAUGUUGAGAUGUGUCUGUUACUAGAACUCUGUGAAGCAUUUAUUUGGGCUUCAAUUUCUGAGACUGGUAACUCUAAUGAACCUAUCCUGUGCAGCAGAGGUAACUCUGGGUCUUCCAUUCCUGUGGCGGUCCUCUUGAGAGCCAGUUUCAUCACAGCGCAUGAUUGUUUUUGUGACUGCACUUGAAGAAACUUGACUGACCUUCAUGUCUUAAAGUAAUGAUGGACUGUCGUUUCUCUUUGCUUAUUUGAGCUGUUCUUGCCAUAAUAUGGACUUGGUCUUAUACCAAAUAGGGCUUUCUUCUGUAUACCCCCCUACCUUGUCACAACACAACUGAUUGACUCAAACGCAUUCAGAAGGAAAGAAAUUCCACAAAUUAACUUUUAAGAAGGCAAACCUGUUAAUUGAAAUUCAUUCCAGGUGACGACCUCAUGAAGCUGGUUGAGAGAAUGCCAAGAGUGUGCAAAGCUGUCAUCAAGGCAAACGGUGGCUAUUUGAAGAAUCUAAAAUAUAUUUUGAUUUGUUUAACACUUUUUUGAUAUUCACUAUUAUUCUACAAUUUAGAAAAUAGUACAAAUAAAGAAAAAACCUUGAAUGAGUAGGUGUUCUAAAACUUUUGACCGGUAGUGUAUAUCUCUGUGGCAGUGAAGGGACAUUGGUUGAAUACAGAAAAUGUACAGCAACUGUGUCAGUAGAAGCAAUUGCUUUUUGUUUAGUAAUUAUUAUUAUAAUUUUUAUUUUUUGGGGGUGGAGGGUAGAUCAGCUUUAAUAUUGCAGAUAGAGUGUAGGUUCUAAAAAUGGAAUUGUUUUGCAUAAUUUCUAACCCCCCUUAUUUAUUUAUUUAUUUAAUAAAAAAAUGUAUCUAUACUUUUCCCCCCUAUCCUACCACCCCUACCCUAAUUGGAGUAAACUAAUGGACAACAAUACAGUUCCUUGCAAAAGUAUUCAUCCCCCUUGGCGUUUUUCCUAUUUUGUUGCAUUACAACCUGUAAUUUAAAUUGAUUUUUAUUUGGAUUUCAUGUAAUGGACAUACACAAAACAGUCCAAAUUGGUGAAGUUCCACCUGUGUGCAAUCGAAGUGUCACAUGAUCUGUCACAUAAUUUCAGUAUAUAUACACCUGUUCUGAAAGGCCCCAGAGUCUGCAACACCACUAAGCAAGGGGCACCACCAAGCAAGCGGCACCAUGAAGACUAAGGAGCUUUCCAAACAAGUCAGGGACAAAGUUGUGGAGAAGUACAGAUCAGGGUUGGGUUAUAAAAAAUGAUCAGAAACUUUGAACAUCCCACAGAGCACCAUUUAAAUCCAUUGUAAUUUUUUUUUUAAAGAAUAUGGCACCACAACAAACCUGCCAAGAGAGGGCCGCCCACCAAAACUCACGGCCCAGGCAAGGAGGGCAUUAAUCAGAGAGGCAACAAAGAGACCAAAGAUAACCCUGAAGGAGCUGCAAAGCUCCACAGCGGAGAUUGGAGUAUCUGUCCAUAGGACCACUUUAAGCCGUACACUCCACAGAGCUGGGCUUUACGGAAGAGUGGCCAGAAAAAAGCCAUUGCUUAAAGAAAAAAAUAAGCAAACAUGUUUGGUGUUUGCCAAAAGGCAUGUGGGAGACUCCCCAAGCAUAUGGAACAAGGUACUCUGGUCAGAUGAGACUAAAAUUGAGCUUUUUGGCCAUCAAGAAAAACGCUAUGUCUGGCGCAAACCCAACACCUCUCAUCACCCCGAGAACACCAUCCCCACAGUGAAGCAUGGUGGUGGCAGCACCAUGCUGUGGGGAUGUUUUUCAUCGGCAGGGACUGGGAAACUGGUCAGAAUUGAAGGAAUGAUGGCUGGCGCUAAAUACAGGGAAUUCUUGAGGGAAACCUGUUUCAGUCUUCCAGAGAUUUGAGACUGGGACAGAGGUUCACCUUCCAGCAGGAUGAUGACCCUAAGCAUACUGCUAAAGCAACACUCGAGUGGUUUAAGGGGAAACAUUUAAAUGUCUUGGAAUGGCCUAGUCAAGGCCCAGACUUCAAUCCAAUUGAGAAUCUGUGGUAUGACUUAAAGAUUGCUGUACACCAGCGGAACCCAUCCAACUUGAAGGAGCUGGAGCAGUUUUGCCUUGAAGAAUGGGCAAAAAUCCCAGUGGCUAGAUCUGCCAAGCUCAUAGAGACAUACCCCAAGAGACUUGCAGCUGUAAUUGCUGCAAAAGGUGGCUCUACAAAGUAUUAACUUUGGGGGGUUAUGUACGCUCAAGUUUUUUGUCUUAUGUCUUGUUUGUUUCACAAUAACAAAUAUUUUGCAUCUUCAAAAUGGUAGGCAUGUUGUGUAAAUUAAAUGAUACAAACCCCCCCAAAAAUCCAUUUUAAUUCCAGGUUGUAAGGCAACAAAAUAGGAAAAAUGCCAAGGGGGGUAAAUACCUUCGCAAUCCACUGUAAGUCCCCAAUCAAUACUUUAAAUUGCAUGAAUGGCACGAGAACAUCAAGAUUAAUUGUAUUUCAAAUUUUGUUCCACCAAUACGGUGCAUUAAAACUAAAAGCAGAUUUACCUAGCUCGUUGGAGACCCUAGGAACCUCGAGUUAACCAAUCCUGUGACCGGGUUAGGCAACUCAGGUGUCUAUACUUCAACACAAAGUUGGAUAAUAUGGACGUUUACGAAGUAGGGUCUUGUAAACAAUAAGGGAAUAAUGUAGAGCUCUAUGGGUCUUUAGUGAUGUCUAGCCAACCUUUUGAUACAGAAUGCAGUGAUGAGUAUCAAAACUGUCACAUGUAACAAAAUGAAGGGCACUAUGGUAGAUGGCAUCCCAAGGUUUAAGAGUAGUAGCAGCUGCACUUUCAUAAAUAUCACCAUAUUCAAGAACAGAUAAACAGGUUGACUGAAUAAUCUGCUUCCUACUGCUUAGAGAAUGGCAUAAUCUGUUUCUGUAGUGCACUACUUUUGACCAGGGCCCGUUGUGCACUAUAUAGGGAAUAGGGUGCCAUUUGGGACAUAGCCUUUGAGAGGCUAUUGGCUGAUACUGUAUGUCUGUGUAGUAAGACAAAGACAGACAUAUAGAGCACCCAAGAGAAUCAUGAAAGAAACAAUGUUAGGUCAGCUAAAAGAGGCUUAAUUGGACCCAAUUUAUUCUCAUUUUUCUGUGAACUGGCAAAGUCUGGAAUUCCACCGGUUCAGUAUCUAGAGCAUUCAUAUACUGUGUCCCUCAAGACACUCAGUGUUCUCCUCAAUGUUUGAUUGUGUCCUAAGGGACAUCCAGUUCCUCCUAUUUCCGUCCACCUUUCCUCCCUCUCUCAAUACAUCCCUAUUAUCUCUCCAUCACUCGCUUCCUGUGUCUCUCUUUCCACCGAUCUCUAAGUCCACUCAUUCCCUUAUUCAUUCAUUCAGCUCAACAAGUUGUAAUGCAUUUCUGUCCGUCUCUCCAUCCCACUGGCUUUUCACACAGUGUUCCUUCUGUCUCCAUUUCUCAUCACUCCAUAUCUGUCUUUUUUUUACGUGCUCUCUCUCUCUCUCUCUCUGUCUUGUUACACUGACUAUUUCUCUCUUAUUUUAUGCUGUUGUCUUUUUAAUCUUCCUCUCUCCUCUCUCCUCUCUCCCACCCCCUCUCCUCUCUCUCCCUCUCCUCUCUUUCUCUCUCCAGUGUGUAAGUCUCGCUGUCAGAAGUUCCUGAUCUCUCGUGUGGGUGAGGACUGGAUCUUUCUCAUCCUCCUGGGUCUGGUCAUGGCCCUGGUCAGCUGGGUGAUGGACUACGCUAUAGCCUUCUGUCAACAAGGUGAGAGGGAGGAAGGGAAGGAGAGUGAGGGAGAGAUAUUCCUGGGUCUACUCAUGACCCUGGUAAUGGUGGUCAGCUGGGUAAUGGACUACACCAUAGGGGAGGGAGGGAGGGAGGGAUAUUCCUAGCUCCACUAGUGUAAAAAGUUCUGGAAUGUGCCCUUUAAUAGGUUUUGUUUGUGUGUGUGUGUGUGUGUGUGUGUGUGUGUGUGUGUGUGUGUGUGUGUGUGUGUGUCUGCACUGUAGCUCAGAAGUGGAUGUACGGGGGACUGGACAGUAACAUGCUCCUUCAGUACCUAGCCUGGGUCACCUACCCUGUGGUGCUCAUCACUUUCUCAGCAGGGUUCACACAGAUACUUGCCCCGCAGGCUGUGGGUAAGAUACUCACACACACACGCACACACACUCUCAUUCAAUUUAAUCUUACACCUACAUUUAUUCCUAAUCAUGCACACUCUCACUCUCAUAUAUUUAAAUAGCUCAUUUGCAUACAGAAUAAAACACUGUGCAUGAUUAUUUAAAGGUCACAGAUGUAUGGAGUGGACUCAGUCCACAUGGGUAGUUGACAGAAGUUUUACAACUUCAGGACAUCCUUGACUAUAUCCUUGAAACCACUAGUACUGACUGCCUUGAAUUCAUACAUAAUCUUGAAGUUGACCAAUGAAUAUACAUUUUACCACACUCUACGUCCUCCCCCUCCUCCUCUCCCACCUCCCUCCCUCUCCUCUCCUCCACCCCCCUCUCUCAUCUCCUCCUCUUCCUCAGGUUCGGGUAUCCCAGAGAUGAAGACCAUUCUUAGAGGCGUGGUACUGAAGGAGUAUCUCACCUUUAAAACCUUUGUGGCCAAGGUUAUCGGGCUGACCUGUGCUCUGGGCAGUGGCAUGCCCCUGGGAAAGGAGGUGGGAAACCCCUAGUGGACUGUUAAGGAAUAAAAGUGAAAUGUUUGAAAUUCCUGGGCUCUUAUUUAGUGCUGAUCUAGGAGCAGUUUUGCCUUUACAUCAUCAUGAAUACGGUUAUAUGGACAGGGGGGACCUGAUUCUAGAUCAGCACUCCUACUCUGAGACUCUUUAUGAAUACGGGUCUGAAAUUGGUUUAGUUCUGCCUUCUUUCCCCCUCCUUUAUUACUAACUCUGCAUUUCCAUAUUCUUUCUCUCCCUCAUCCUCUGACCCCUACCACUACAUCUCUCUCUCUCUCUCCCCUCCAAUCUCUCUCUCUCUCCUCCGAUCUCUCGCUCAGGGCCCGUUUGUUCAUGUGGCCAGUCUGUGUGCAGCUCUCCUGAGUAAAUUCAUGGCUGCCUUGUUUGGUGGGAUUUACAUGGUGAGAGACAGCACCACACACCACACACACACACACUUACUCCCACUCAAUUUGGUUUUAGUAUCUGUGUGAUAUCUGUCUGAACAGCCUGCCACCCCUCCAGGACACACUCUCACCCCCACUCACCUGAGCCCGACCCUGGGCUCCAGCACACAGUACGACUCCUGUCUAUGGCUCUCAGUCUGCCAAGAGAUUACUCUCUCUGCCAUACACCACCCAAGAACUGGAGGAGGAGGAGGAGGUGGAGGCGGGAGAGGAUGAGGAUGAGGAGGAAAAGGGAGAUGGAGGAAGAAAAUGUCAAGUCAGCAAGCAUCAAAUCAGACUGUCUACUUUAGAACAAUUCCAUAUUGAUCAGGGUUGAGGUUCAUCCUAUUUGAACCCAUUCACUAUAGGAGAUUGAAUGCAUCUUCUGUCCAAAAACAAAGCAAUGAUGCGAUAAAGAGAAUAUCUCCCAGCAGAUUUUCGUCUCUGCUUUUCUUCAUUUGAACUCUUAGGUACUCACUCAGAUUUCUGUCUUUUCCCACUUACUGCUUAAGGAAGAGCCCUUUGAGGGAAACAAGGUACGAGUGCACGUGUGUCUAAGUAUGUGCACGUCUCAGAGUGUCCACUUGUUUCAUGUUUGUUGGGUCGUCAUGUGAGCGCCAUUCCAUUUCAAUCAAGGAUUUAUGUUCUGUUCUAUGUGAAUGCUAUCAUGACACAUAAGACAAACAGUACAUGACAUCUCCCUUUACUUCAUGUUAUUCAGUUAAUUUAAAUUCCAACAUUCCUAUCUGUGAUUCCAUUAUGUAUUUGUAUGUGUGUGUACUAUGUGUGCUUGCACAUAUGUGUUUGUGUGUUGGUCUGUGUGUGUGGGUGUGUGUAUGUUCCUAUUACAGAAUGAGUUGAGGAACACAGAGAUGCUAUCAGCAGCGUGUGCAGUAGGGGUGGGAUGCUGCUUCGCUGCCCCUAUUGGAGGUACGUAACCAUGGGAAGUCCAUGUACAUUACAAUACAUGAGGGGGAGAAAUACAGUAAGUGAGGAAUGGUGUUACUGCAACAGUGAUUGUGCGUGUGUGUGUGUGUUGCAGGUGUGCUCUUCAGCAUUGAGGUAACGUCAACAUUCUUUGCGGUGAGGAACUACUGGAGGGGCUUUUUUGCUGCCACCUUCAGCGCCUUCAUCUUCAGAGUACUGGCUGUGUGGAACCAGGACGAAGGUGAGGAGGUGUGUGUGUGCCGGGGGGGGGGGGGGGGGGACGUUGGUAACCAGUUUAUAAUAGCAAUAAGGCACCUCAGGGGUUUGUGAUAUAUGGCCAAUAUACCACGGCUAAGCGCUGUAUCCAGACACUCCACGUUGCGUCGUGCAUAAGAACAGCCCUUUGCCAUGGUAUAUUGGCCAUAUACCACACCCCCUGGUGCCUUAUUGCUCAAAUGCACCAUGAGCAUCUCUUUGUACUAUUUUCAUUUAAACAAUCUAACAGUAACACACGUCUUGACUCCUGCAGAACACAGGUCAGAGAGGACACCCUCUCACCCUCCCAACCUCCUUCCCAUCUGAGCUUGGCUAGUGGAUAUCUGUGGGUCUGUGUCACUGAGCCAAUAGUUAGUCAGAGCUGACUGAUGUUAUUCUCUCUCUCUCUUCUCUCUGUGUCUGUCUCUGUCUUUCUCUCUCUCUCUCUCUCAGAGACCAUCACGGCUCUCUUUAAGACACGUUUCCGUCUGGACUUCCCCUUUGACCUCCAGGAGUUGCCAGCCUUCGCCAUCCUGGGGUACGUGUGUGUGUUUCCUGUGUCCUGUGUGUUCUACACACCCUGCUCAAACUCCUCAGUAUGGUCCCUGUAAAUGGCUGUUAACCUAGAACUGUGUGUGACUCUGUCCCCUGUCCUCCUCAGGAUUGCGUGUGGGUUUGGUGGGGCCCUGUUUGUCUUCCUGAACAGACUGAUAGUAGAG